AUGCCAGCUGCUGCCGAGCCAUCUCCAGCGGAGGUCGAGAGGCUGAUGUCCGACCCGCGCGUGCGCGAGCUGCAGUAUAAGCUCGCGCACGGUGGUGAGAAGUUCAAGCUCGAGGAAGUGAGGAACAUCGUGGUGCCGGAGGGCGCGAGCGAGGAGGAGCAGAUGGCAGCGCUGCAGCGCGCGAUGGAGGAGGAGGCGCGCAACAAGCAGCGCGAAGCCGACGAGGAAGCGCGCCGCGCCGCCGCCGCAAAGGCACAGCCGCUGCCCUGCCGCGCGGAGCGGAUCGCGCAGUCUGACCCCUGGUGCUACGUGCUGAGCGGUGCGGGCACGGCCGCUGCCAAUGGGACGUACAUGCGGGACGGCACGGCGGUGAAGAAUGGGGCGCGCGUGUACGGUGGCGCACGUAGAGCCUCUGAUGGCGGUGGAGGCGGCCAAGCGCGAAGGCGAACCCUGGCCAAGCAGCCGGGGGCAUAUGCAGACCGGGACACGCUCACGCGGCUGCGGCGCCCGGCCGUAGGCAACGCUGCCUUCAAGAAGGGCGACCACGCCGCCGCGGUGCAGCGGUGGUCGUGCCAGCAGCGGGAGGAGUGCCGCGUCGUUGAGGUCCGCCGAGGUCACGCGGGGUUGGGCCGAGAGCAGGUGCUCGCGCAGCAGGAGGAGUACCGCGUCGCCGCCCUCGCGCGGUCGGGCAAAGAGGCCGUGCUCUCCGAGCUCUCUGGGCUGCUCGGCCGGCUCUCGGCUCUCGUCCGCCGCAAGGGCACCGCGUCCGAGGUGACGUCGCUGCUGCGCCAGCUGCCGUCGCUGCUCGCUUCGCUCAAGACCAAGCCGACCGACGACCCUGCCGUGCCGGGCGGCCUGAUCUACGAGUCUGCGCCCAACCACGACGCGCAGGUGUACGUGCGGCUGGCGACCAACGGCUUCGCGCUCCUCGCGCCGCUCCUCCGCCCGAUGCCAAAGGGCAGCCGAGGAGGAGCUGGGGGGCGCGGCGAGGAGUGGCCAAGGAGCGCCAAGGAGGAGCUGCUCGGCGCCGCGCUCGAGACGGUCGCCGCCGCCGUGCGCGACUGCCCGACCAACAUGUCCGCGUUCGACAAGUACGUGCCGCAGCUGGUGCCGAUCCUGCGCGCAAAGGCGGCGACCUCGCUCGAGGUGCUGCGGUCGGCGGUGCGGCUGUUGGGUGCGAUGGGCGUGCGCGCGUCGGCGCGGCGCGUGAUGCAUGACCCCGCGACGGCGGAGGGGCUCAUGCACGUGCUCUCCUUCCCCGACUCGUCCUCGCAGCGGCUGCACGUCGCCAUCAUCGCCGCCCUCGAGGACAUGCGCGACACGGGCACCGCCGCCGCCCGGCUGGGCACCCUCGCAAACUUGCUCGCGGUCGAGGGCGCGCCCGAGACCUUUUGGCGCGAGGCGCACUCGCGCAACAAGGACGUCAACGGGCCGUCGCGCGGGCUCAUCGGCACCGCGAUGACCUCCGCGGUCUGCCGCCGCCGGCUCGGGCUGCGGGAGAGGACCAAGCGGCUCGUCGAGCUGGUCGAGAAGAUGACUGCCGACGCGCCCGUGCGGGAGGAGUACGUGGUCGCGCGCCGUGCGGCGGGGGCAGCGCCCGCCGCGACCGGCGACGACGACGACGACGAGGUCAAGUGGCCGCUGCGCGACGUCGCCGCGCUGCCCGAGAGCGACACGCGCGCGCUCGGCGAGAUCGCGCGCGGGCUCGCCGACGAGGCGGCCGCCGACGACGAGCUGGUCGAGGCGCUGACGCGGCACGGCGCCUGGCGGGCGCUCGUCCCGCUCUGCGUCGCGCGGCCGCCGCUCUCCGCCGGCGCCAUCCGCUGCUUGCGCGUCGGCAUGGGGCGGACUCAGGCGGCGAUCGACGCGGGCGCGGAGCUCGGUCUCCCGCUCUGGCUGCUCGGCUGCCGCGAGCCAUCCGACGCGUCGGAGGACUUCAACGCGAACGUGGCGACGACGCUGCUCGCGCAGGCGGCGCGCGACGACGCGUGCCAGCUGCUCGGCUACGUCGCCAACCAGGCGGUGGUGCACGAGUCCGCAGAGCUGUACGACCCGCACGACGUGCUGCACGCCGCGAUCGGCCUCCUCUCGGGCAGCCCGUCGGACGACGCGGCGUGCGGCGGCGGCCGCGCGCUGCUGCAUUUGCUGCGGUACCAGCGGUCUGCGCGGCUGCCGGCCCUCUCCGCGCGCGACGUGCACGACGUGCUCGUGCCGCUCUUCCUGCGCAAGAGCGGCGAGGCCAAGGAGGCGCUGAUGCGGCCGCUGCGCGUGGCGAUGGCCGACACGGCGUGGAUGGAGGCGGCGUGGCCCUACUUUGAGUCGCGCGGGUCGGCGGCCAAGGUGCAGCAGGUGGUGCACGAGAUGAACGGGCUGGAGGAGAUGAAGGCGAUCGCGACGACGGGCAAGGCGCCCGACGCGAUGCGCCCGAACGCGGCGCCGCUCGCCGACUCGCUCGAGGCCCAGCACCGCGUCGAGAACCUGCAGCCCGCGAAGGUUGCCGCAUUCCUCGCGGCUGACUUGCCGCCCGGCGGCGCCGUGCUCGACGUCGGCGCGGGCACCGGCCUCUUCACCUUCCCCCUCGCGGCCGCGCUGCCCGCCAGCCAGAUCGUCGCGCUCGAGGGGGCGGCGCCCUCGCUCCCCGGCGGCGCCAAGGCGAGCCUCGUCCUCCUCUGCGACGUGCUCGAGCUCGUUCCGGAGCACGCUCGCGAGGGACUCGUCGGCUCCCUCCGCGCUCUGCUCGCACCCGGAGGCAAGCUCGCAGUCAUCUGCGCGCGGGCAGAGAGCGACUCGCUCCUCAUCGACGCGCCCGAGCUGCGUUCGAGCCUCGACCUCCCGCCACCGCUCUCGCGACAGGACGCCGGCUUCCUGCAGCGGCGCGUCGCGCAGGCGCUGCCGGAGGCGGCGGGCGGCGACCCCACCGCCGCGGGCGGGUCGCGCACACGUGACGGCGCGGAGGAGAGUGGGCGCACGCGCGAGGGCAAAGCUGAUGGCGAGGCGGACGACGACGAGGACGGCAGUGGCUGCAUACUGGAGGAGAACCCGGACGGCGGCGGGCAGGCGCGCGGGCGGGACGUCGAAGACAGCGACGAGGACGAGGACGGCUGUAUACUGGAGGAGAACCCGGACGGCGGCGGGCAGGCGCGCGGGCGGGACGUCGAAGACAGCGACGAGGACGAGGACGGCUGUAUACUGGAGGAGAACCCGGACGGCGGCGGGCAGGCGCGCGGGCGGGACGGCUGCAUGCUGGAAGACAAUGCGUGA